AUGGAGAAACUUCUGGAACGCAUGGAACGCUACCUCGUCAAGAACACCAAUGGGAGCGCAGCGCAGGCGAUUGUCUCCGAGCUCGUCUGCUUCGAGUUCGUAACGGAAAGUGAAAAGUGCUCUGUGUCAUACUACCGGUUCCCGAACGAUGAGAAUCGGAGGAGUAUCUGGAUGAAUGCAGUCGCAUCGGAUAAAGAAGAUGCGUCAUUUGAGGUUAAGAAAUCUACGUUUGUGUGGUCUAAACAUUUUUUGCCAUGCGACUUCCUCUCAAAUGUCGCAAACGGAUUCCUUCGUCUCAAAGAAAGUGCCGUGCCUUCUGUAUUCAACUACACAGCGCAUGCCGUCCCUAUUCCAGCGGCAGUUGCAACAAUACAGGAUAGCAACGGCGAUUGCAGCAAUGCUUCAAAUGUUGAGGAUGGUGAUGUACAGGUGUGCAGUACCACAAACAGUCCCGGACGGGAAGCACUUUUCGAAGAACCGGAACAGAUGGAAUCCGAAGAAUCUAGAAAUCAGAACUGCAGCUGCAACAAAGGUAGCAUUGUGGACUCGCUAACGAGAGAGCUUGCAGACAAAGACGCAGAAAUUCAAAAUUUACGACGUGAGUUGUUUCUGGCGAAGGAACACGCUCGGCGGACACUUGAGGAGAAGCAGAAGCUCGAGUUAGAACUCAUGAAGCUGGAGAAAGAACACGAUGGCUGCCCCAAAAGAUACGACGUAGAUUCGCUCUGCACCUCAGAUGAAAAGACUAAGUUUUACACUGGACUGCCAAGCUUAGAUAUAUUUGAUGCACUGCAUGAGUUUCUCGACCCAGGAGAAAAUGGCUGCAACAUCUUGAGGCAGAAAAAGCAAGGGCAGACACCACCACAGGUAGCAUGUGGUAGGAUGAGAAAACUCUCAACAAGGAGUGAGCUAUUUCUAGUUCUGGUUAGGCUACGCCUGGGGCUGUUCGAGCAGGAUCUUGCAGAGCGCUUUGGAAUCUCCCAGUCGACAGUGUCUCGCAUCUGCACAUCGUGGUUAAACUUCAUGUAUGUGAAGCUAGGAAAGUUGCCACUCUGGCAGUCUCGCUCUGUGGUGGACCAAACGCUGCCCAAGGUCUUUCUGGAGAAGUAUCCAACCACAAGGGUCAUUCUCGACGCGACCGAGAUUCGGAGUGAAGUAGCAAGUUCAUUAGGUCUCCAGUCGAGCACCUAUUCAACGUAUAAAAGUGCAAACACUUUCAAAGGACUUGUUGGAAUAACACCAAAUGGGCUUGUGAGCUUUGUGUCGGAACGUUUUACAGGGUGCACGUCUGACAGAGAGUGUGUCAUAAGGAGUGGAUUCCUUGAUCUGCCCUUCGAAGAUGGCGACUCUGUCAAUGCAGAUAAGGGUUUUACAAUUGCUGAUAUUCUACAGAGAAAGAAUGUGCACUUAAACAUUCCCCCGUUUCUUCGUAAUGAAGAAUUCUCUGCAGCGCAAGUGCAUGAGACGAAAGAUAUAGCUUCCUUGCGUAUCCAUGUUGAACGACGAAUCCAGCGCAUAAAGACAUUCCAUAUUUUCGACAGAGUUGUGCCACUAAGCCUUGGGCCUGUGUUGAACCAAAUGUGGACAGUUGCUGUUAUUUUGACUAACUUUCAGGGUCCUUUACUCAGUGAAGACAGCAACUAA